AUGACGUCAUAGCCCAUAAAGCAGGUUAACUGGGGGAGUUAAUCUAACAUACGCUGCUUGAUGUGGAUUUUUCCGUGUCUGAAUCAAUGAGUUUAUAAAAGCUGGAAGUUUUUUUGGUUUUUUAAAGUUCUUGGUCUGACUUCACAGACUUGACUGAACUUGUUCCUGGCUCCACCCUCCGUUAGUCAGCCAGUGUAACUACGUGUUAGUGCUGGUGCCUUUAACUUACAAGCAUCUUGGAGAGAGGAGGGGAAAAAGAGGACUUUCCCCCCGGCUUUUAUCUUGGGGAAAGAAACAGCUAUCCUGCCGUCGCAAGUUUGUUGGCUUUAAACUUGAAUAGCCGGUGUCUUUCCGUAAGGGAGAAAAAAAGGGAAAGGUUUUGAAUGCGUUUACGGACUUGGAUUAAGUUGUGCAUGGAAACUAAUGAUAUUUGAACCCGCGGAAAGGAGAGAGAGGAGGUGGGUGUCGGAUACAGGACUACUUUUGCGUGUCCGUCUUCUUGUUCUUUUGCGCGUGGAUAAUAGAUACAAGCGUGCUUAACUUGGUCAAAGGUGGAAAGGUUUGUUUUAAUCAUAAAACUUCCUAAAUCUGAUUAAAGCUGCACAGAUCCUAAAGGUUUAAUCCUGCUGGAAGACAUAACAUUUUCGAGGAAGCUUUGCAGUGAGAAUCAACCAGAAAUUUAAAUAUAUAUAUAUAUAUAUAUAAAUAUAUUGCAGCAGUAUUGAAAUUAUGGCGCUGAAGGCCAAAGUGUUGUACGAUUUCCACUCUGAAAAUCCAGGAGAGAUCUCCAUAGCAGAGAAUGAGGUGGUGACUCUGUUCAGCGAGGAGGAGCUGGAGGGUUGGCUGGAGGGGGAGAACAGCAGGGGGGAGGCUGGCCUCUUCCCUGCCUCUUAUGUAGAGAUCAUCAGAGACCACAUCACCUCCAACAACAAUGGCUUCUCCUUGACCCAAACCAAAGUCCAGACCUCCUACACAUCCUCCCAGCCUCAUAGAGGAUUUGGGCCUGAUAGCAGCAGCUUCCACACUAGCCAGGACAGCGAUGACGACUGGGAUGACGAGUGGGACGACAGCUCUCCUGUGGCCAAUGUCCCUCAGGGUCUCGGCAGCAGCCCUCCUUUGCACCCGGUUGCCACCUCCCUGCCGGGCCGUGGGAGCUCCCAGCAGCAGCAGGCCAAAAGUUCAGCCACAGUGGGGAGGAACCUGAACAGGUUCUCCACCUUUGUCAAGUCCGGAGGGGAGGCCUUCCUGCUCGGGGAGGCGUCAGCUUUUGUGAAAGAUGGAGACAGGAUCUGUGUGGUGAUGGGGAAGCAUGGACCAGAGUGGCAGGAGGACCCCUACCCGUUCACGUGCACCAUUGACGACCCCACCAAGCAAACAAAGUUCAAAGGGAUGAAGAGCUACAUGUCAUAUGGCCUUACUCCAACGCACACCAAUGUCCAAGUCAACCGCAGGUAUAAACACUUUGACUGGCUCUACGGUCGGCUCGUGGAGCGGUUCCCUGUCAUCUCAGUGCCCCACCUGCCAGAGAAGCAGGCCACGGGCCGCUUCGAGGAGGACUUCCUCUCCAAGAGGAGGAAGGGUCUGAUCUGGUGGAUGAACCACAUGACAAGCCAUCCUGUGCUGGCGCACUGUGACGUUUUCCAGCAUUUCCUGACUUGUGGGGCGGAUGAGAAGGCAUGGAAGCAGGGAAAGAGGAAGGCAGAGAGGGACGAGCUGGUCGGGGCCAAUUUCUUCCUCACGAUCAGCCCCCCGGCUGUACCCCUGGACCUGCAGGAAGUCGAGAGCAAGAUUGAAGGCUUCAAAACAUUCACCAAGAAGAUGGACGAGAACAUCGUAGUCGUGAACACCAGCAUCAACGAGUUCGGCCGUAAACAAAUAUCGGGGUUCAAAAAGGAGUACCAGAAGGUCGGACAGUCCUUCAAACUCCUGGCCCAGGCUUUCGAGCUGGACCAGCAGGUCUACUCAGUGGGCUUGAACAAGGCCAUUUCCUACACGGGAGAGGCUUACGAGGCAAUAGGAGAGUAUUUUGCUGAUCAGCCGCGGCAGGACCUGGACCUCAUUUCUGACCUGCUGGACAUCUACAAAGGACACCUGGCCAACUUCCCUGACAUCAUCCAUGUGCAGAAAGGUGCGCUGACCAAGGUGAAAGACUGCCCGAAGAAGGAAGGUGAGCUCCACGACCGCUGCAACAUCAUUUCUUUCGCCACGCUGGCAGAAAUCCAGCACUUCCACCGCACACGUGUACGGGACUUCCGCUCGCAGAUGCAGUACCACCUCCGCCAGCAGAUCAGCUUCUUCCAGAAGAUCACAGCCAAGCUUGAGGACGCACUGCAGAGAUAUGACGAUGACCAGUAGCACAACAGGCAGACAAGGAAGAGAACAGACUACAAAGGCCUCAAAGAAGGGGUGGGGGGGUGGGGGGUGUCAUCCUCUCAUAAUCGAGAGCAUCUUAUUGUCCUUUAAAAGAAAAAUCUUUAUUGUGAUGAUCCCUCGCUGUCUGGAUUGAAAGAAAAAUACAGGCCACAUGACAACUUCUCGUAUUAUCUGAAGCUCUGAUGAAUGUACCAUUACCAAGGAUUUUGCUGACGCUCCAGACACAUGUUGCAAGUCAGCAGGAUUGCAGCAGAUAUUUAAAACAGCUGCUCUCAAUAUGACUGGAGCUGCAUUUGAGUCACAGUUUCAGGGUCACGUGACCGUCUCCACUGCCUCUUCAUGGGAGCACUCGGUCGGGGAAGAACAAUCAACAACAGCCCAAACAAAGACGGGAAAAAUAACAAAAUCACUUGAACUGGAUGUUUUAGUGCCUGAAAGAUAUAAAUGUACUGAUUUGUUUUAACUUGAAUGACCUGCUCAGUAUUGUUUUAAACAAGACAGUGUACGAAAGGAAAGAGGGCACUGUCUACUUUCCAGAAUCGGUUUCAAGUCUGGAUUUUCAUCACAACUUGAAAUCUGAGCUACCUGUGAUGUCUGCCUUCUUUCACAUCACCCUCACCUUGUUUGCAUUUGAAACGUUUUGUGGUUGAACAUUUUCUCUUAAAUGUUUUAAUGGUAAAGCGGUACCGCAGUAAUCUUAACUUCCAGAUGUUUUAUGAAAGUCUGAUGCUACAUCUGUCUCUCACCCAGUCGAGGGUAAGGUUAAAAGCUCUUUCAAAUGCCAGCUAUUUCUGGCAUGGAAAGACUAAACCGAGAGCAUGCAGGCAGUAAUUGUGAUUAUAGCAUAUUUUACGUGCUUUAGAGUGAAAGCUUUUUGUUUGAGAAACAUGGCAGUCCUUGUGAAACUGAUCAACGUGUACAUCUCAGACAUGCGUCACUAACAGACCAAUUCUUUUAAUGCUAUUUGGGGUUGGAAUUGUUCAAAUACUAGACAUAACAGCUUUUCAACUCCGUUCUAACACGCCACCAAAAUAUGAUCACAAUGCCUCACGUGUACUGAUAUAACGAACUCGAUUCACCCAGAAGCUCCUUGGAUUUAAUCAGCAUGGAGUUGCAGGCUGAGCUCCCUGAGAGACAGUUAGGAUUUGUUUGAUAUUACUUAUAUUUUCCUUAAAAAUGCAGAAAACUAAGAGAUACAGUUCAGUGGAGUUUGUUACAGGGGUUUAAAGUAUCAGCCAUUGUCAGUCUGAGUUGUGAUAUCAGGUGUGACUUCAUUCCUUUCCUGUGAUUUUACUUUACAAAGUUUAUGAUGGGACAAACCACCACCUGGUUGUUUUUUAGCUGUUCACUUGGAUCGCUAGCGAAAGUGAAAGUGAUAUACUUUAAAUAUAACAUGAUGGGAGAGAAUAAAAAAAUAAAUAAAAGCAGAAUUUAUUUCAGGUAUGACUCUGUAUUGUUGAUUAUUGGCAUUUUUGCAGAAUAUAGGCCCAUUUUCUGCAUAUUUUAGGGUGUUUGUUUUGAUGAAUAUUAACAUAUUUGAUGAUCACAGACUAUUUGGACAAAAAGUAUUGUGCCACACUUCUUAAUCUUUAAUCUUUUUAGUGCCACAGGUGUAUAAAAUCAGUUACCUAGCCUUUGCAAUCAUUUGUGAAAGAAUAAGCUCACUGAAUUCAAGUAAUAACAUGCCACAGUUUCAAAAAAAUAUUCCACAAUCAGCUUUAACCGCUGAAAAAAAUGACAGUUGAAAAUCAGAGAAAAGCCUAUGGAACAUCACUUUAAAUGCGCUUUCUCAGUGUUAUUAUUCUUGUGCUAUACUUUGAAUUCAGUUUAAAUUACAUAGUCCCAAAUCACAACAGCAGUCACGUCAAGACACUUUAUAUUGUAAAGUUAGGAUCCUACAGUAAUACAGAGACGACCCAAACAAUCAAAUGACCCCCUAUGAACGAGCACCAGGCAAACAAAUACAGUUUGAUGGUUAUAGAAAAAAAAAGCCAGAAGAGUAAGCCCACAUUAACAUUAAAACAGUAAUCCAUUACUUUACGUAUUUACUCCCUGAAAAAGUUUAGCUGCACUUCUCUUUGCACUUUUGCUUUAAUCACCCAAGAUGCAUUAAGACAGAGUUAACCACGUGACAUGCACAUGACUGCAUAUCCACACUAAUGACCGUGCUAAGGAGUGGACAUAAAAGAAAUGUUGGCACUUUACUGUCACAUUCUUGCCCAUUUAUGGAACAGGUUCAUACCGAAUCUGUCCUCCCAUCAUCACGCACAUUACCUGACAGCUGUUGCACAAGCAGGCAUGAAAGAGCAUGUUUGAUUUGUUUUUUUGUUUCUGUUCACCGAUUAUGCAAGAAAAAACCCCAUAACACAAUUGGCAUAAUUGUUUGAUGAGUGCACUGAAUUUCCUGCAUUACAGACCACAUCUAAUGUGAUUACAGUGAUGUUACCCUUCCUAGAGAAAAGUGUCUCAUCUCUUGUUUUCUCUGGUGGAGGGGCCGCUUCACUCCUUGCUAUCUGACACCAGAGUUCAAAGACUGCAGAUCAGGUUACUCCAACUGCAGGCCCUUCAUUAUUUAGACUGGCCUCUUUUUCCCUCCGCUCAGCCUUCAUUUUACUUUUAAAUUGUGCUUUGUUUAGAAUGUGUUCAGACUUAGUUGCAAAAAACCCCAACAAAAAACAGAAAAAACAAGACCUCUCUGGGGUACUGCUCUCUAAAUACUGCCUGAUUCAUUGAGUUUUAAAGCUCAGAGAAGAGGGUGGUGGAGCGGUAAAACAGAAAAUUUGAUUCACACCAGAUUUUAUGCACGUGACCAGAUUAAGAAUCUACAUGGAAUUCUACAGUGCAAUGUAUUCAGAAUUUUUGGUGUAUGUUAUAACGCUUGUCACGUCCAUGCCCAGCCACAGAUACACAUGUAGAGAAACAAGUUUUCUGUACUCAUUCAUGUUGUUUACAACAAAUCCUGGCCCUGCAUUCUGAACAUCACAGUAGGGUGUGACUGAGAGUAUUAAGGCCACAUUAAGGAAAAAGUAAUAAUUUUGCAACAGCUGCUUUUUUUUUCAACUUUAUUCUCAAAAUGUGGCCGUAAUACUCCUUUAUAGCAGGAACUCAUCAGAACCAGGUAAAGUUUUUCCAAUCUUCUAUUGUCCAAUUUUGUUGACCCUCUGUCACCUCAGGUUCCUGUUCAUAGCUGAUGGGAGUGGCACCCAGUGUGGUCUUCUGCAGCUGCUGCCCAUCUUUUCUUCAGAAAUGCUCCUCUGCAUACCUUGGUUAUAGCGAAUGGUUCUUUUAGUUACCACUGGCUUCUGCUCAUAGCAGACUGGCAUAAACAGUAUUUUCCCCCCACAGAGAUGCCUGCUGGAUAUUUUCUCUUUUUAGCAAUCUGCUGAUGCUCUGCUGACCAUGUCUACAUAACUAAAUGCAGUGAUUUACCGUACUGUAAUUUACUGAUAACAUAUUUGCAUUAAUGAGCAGUUGAAUUUGUGUAACUAAUAAAGUGAGUCAGCUGUCUGCUGGGGUUUCAUUCGAUUAAAUACUCUGGUAUUAUUUGUGCA